AUGAUUACGGCAGUGAGGUCUAACAGAACCAUCAAGUCCCUGGCAAGUGGAGGGCUAGCAACCAUCCUCGCGCUGCUGGCUACUCUUCUUCUUGUCCAUCCCGCCAUUGCCCAGGCCAUCGCAGACGAGAGCUACGGCACUAUGCACCUUGAAGGAGUGAAGGAGGACCAGACGUGGCUGCAGACGAUGGAUGCCGGCAACGAAGUGGCAAGAUCAAGAGUGCGCCGCUUUGUUCCCUUCCCUGCUUCCAGCACACUCGAGACUUCCUUCAAGCUGAAGUUGCCGGUGACGGGAACAGUAGGUCUGAACUUGAUAGUACUCGUCACUGCCUUCGUCUUCAAGCUGCCGGAGGAAUACUUUUCGAUAGGCAGGAGCUAUACAAAUUCUGCUGCCGACGAGAGAGCCUUCCUAUAUUCUAACAUGGAAUCGCUUCUUGAUAGUUUUGGGUACAACGGACGAGCAUGCACCCUCAGGACCCUGUGUGAGAUAGCUGAGUCGCCUUUUGAGCACGACCUGUACGGGGAAGUCAUUAAUCUUGUCCUCUCGGCUUCCAAGAGUCCCAGCAACGAUGUGGAAUACGACGACUACAUGCUGGCUGAGCACUACGGCCACACUUACGGGGAUUGUGGUUCCAUCUAUCACACUUGCCCCACUUCCGUUCUUGAUAUCAUAUCGCAUUCAAUCUAAGGUUUCCUAUACAAGACUUUCCCACUUGGUAAAAAAAAAAAAAAAAAAAAAAAAAAACUUCUUUUCAUGGGACUAUCAUGGCAGGGGUGUAAAUCAAUGUAAUUUCAAAAAUAAUGAUUUAUACUUUCGGUUAACUUUAAAGCAAAGCAUUAGAUUCAUGUCUUUACAUCACACACAUUGCUCACAGUUUUAAUUUAAUUUUUUUUAUUGUUUUUUUUUCUAAGCUCGCAACAAUGAAUAUUGCUACAUACAUAAAUGUAUAUAUAUUUAAUGUUUAAUUUAUUAUCUUACGCAUUAAGUGACACUUUAGCUUAAACCUUAUUCUCAAUAUCUGCUAAGCAAUGAACCCUUCAGAACACAAACAUGUCAUUUUCACAACACUGUCAUCCUUUGAACGUCUUGUAGCAGCGGCAGCAGCAGUGCGUGCAUUCCAUCGUCUGUACUUAUUAUGGUCAUAUUGGUUCUGAUGAUAGUUGCAGUAGUAAUAAUGAUGUUAAUGACGAUGAUGAUAAGGAGGAGGAGGAGGAGAAGGCGGAGAAAAGAGGAAGAAGAAGAAGAAGAAGAAGAAGAAGAAGAAGAAGAAGAAGAAGAAGAAGAAGAAGAAGAAGAAGAAGAAGAAGAAGAAGAAGAAGAAGAAGAAGAAGAAGACGAAGAAGAAGAAAAUAUACAAUAACAACAACAUAUUCAUAAGAAACCAUCAUCGACUAGUUUCCUCCUCUCUUUGGUUCUUGAGGGUUCACUUCUGCGACAAGGGGUAGCAGUCAUUAUGCUCAAUCUUAGCUAUGAACCUUUUAUCAAUGCUACUGAUGUUGUGAGCUACAUUUAUUCUUUUCUUUUCUUCUUUUUUUAAUAAUAAACUGGUACACCAAUGA